AGAGCGACGAGAGAGAGCGAAAGAGAGAGAUUCUUUCCUCAUUACUGCUUGUUUUCCCUAUCCUUGAUUACCUCGCAGUCUUAGUGGCUAGCCCUCCACCCCUGAUUCAGUCCCUUUGCUGCUAUUGGGGGAGAAAAAUCUUCGAUUUAUUUGCCCACUUCAAAUUCCUCAGAUUGUUACUGAUUAGAAGGUUGGAGGAUUAAUGGAGACAAUACUUGAAGGAAGUAACUAGACAGGAGAAAUACUACAUGGGACGAGCGCUGUGUCUCUUCAUCUUCGCAUCCGUGGCCUUCUUCCUCUUCAUCUUAAUACCCCGUUGUUUCAACUACCAUGCCGUGUUUAUCGACCGAGUUUCCCUCGUCGCCGGAGCACGUCGUGGCGGACUUGGGAGUUUGCCGGUGCAGGAGCGGUUUGAGACUGGAGGAAGAGGCCGGGAUGAAUGUGAUUUCUUUGAUGGAGAGUGGAUUUGGGACGAAAGCUACCCGCUUUAUCAGUCAAAAGACUGUCCUUUUUUGGACGAGGGUUUCCGAUGCACAGAGAACGGGAGGCCCGACAGGUUCUAUGCUAAGUGGCGAUGGAAGCCUAAACGAUGUAAUCUUCCAAGGUUCGACUUUUUCUUUUUCCAGAGUUUUGAUGCAAAGAAGAUGCUUGAGAGGCUAAGGAAUAGGAGGGUAGUUUUUGCAGGGGAUUCCAUUGGAAGAAACCAAUGGGAGUCCCUCUUCUGCAUGUUUUCUUCGGUGAUAGCUAACAAGAGCUCAAUCUAUGAAGUUAAUGGAAGUCCAAUUACUAAGCAUAAAGGCUUCUUGGUGUUCAAGUUCAAAGACUACAACUGCACUUUGGAGUACUACAGAUCACCUUUCUUGGUUCGCCUUGGGAGCCCUCCUCGACGUCUGUCAAAACAGAUAAAGAGCACAAUCAAACUGGAUGUUAUGGACCAAUUCUCCUCCAAAUGGAGUGAUGCAGAUGUGCUGGUUUUGAAUGCUGGACACUGGUGGAAUCAUGACAAGACUCUUAGAGGGGGGAUUUUUUUCCAAGAAGGUUCUGAGGUCAAGAUGGAUAUGAGUGUAGAAACUGCAUAUCGGAGAUCAGUGAAGUCAUUGUAUAAAUGGAUUCAGAAAGAAGUUAAUACGAGCAAGACUCAUGUCUUCUUCCGCACAUAUUCUCCUGCGCACUUCAGAAAUGGUGACUGGAAGAAUGGAGGAACAUGCCAUCAAGAAAUACUCCCUGAAUCUAACCAUGAUCAGGUGUCGUCGAACUCAUGGCUUCCUUUCCUUGAACCGUUCACAAGCUUAAGCUCGGAUAAUUCUUCUGGUGCCUCACUUAAAGCUUUUGAGCUGUUAAACAUUACUUACAUGACAGCUUUAAGGAAGGAUGGUCAUCAAUCACUGUAUCACGUCAGCCCUGCAAGACUCAAAACUGCUAGUAAAGAGGACUGCAGCCACUGGUGUUUGCCUGGAGUUCCAGAUGCAUGGAAUGAAAUUUUGUAUGCAAUGCUUCUCAGAAGAGAGGAGAGUCUUCGAUCCAUCCAUCGAAGUCCAUUGCCUUCGUCAUAGACACAGUGAACUCUUCGUUGCAAGGCCUGAUAAUUCAGGUUCGGCUAUUUAUGAGGAUAGUUGCUGCAGUCAUCAUCGAAUGUGUUUCAGCGAUAAGGAAGCUAGUUGCCAUUUGUCUAUUUUACUUCAUGACAGGGAUAAUGUUUUUUGUGGGUGACGAGAUUUGUACAUAGAAAAUGGUGGUCAUUGAUUGAGAAAGAAGAAACUAUACAGAUCGUCAAACAAAUUUCUCCAAGUUGCGAGAAUAUGAGAACUUUUUAACUUUUUCAACACGCCGGUUUUGGCACAAGUUCCUUUCACUAUUAGAAAACAGUGAUUUUGUGGCAGAGUUAAUUCGAUCUGAAGAAAGAUUAUUACCUUAUUUUAUUCAAGCAUUUCCAGAGAAAUUGUUGCAUGGACCAAUACGAAAUAAUGUUACAUCAAAUUUAGCAAAUACAACAACCUAAAUAGCAAUCAGAAAACCUGGAAAGUGUUGGAAGUUACAAGCGGACUCUACCCCAAAAACUAUUCAAACUGCACAUCUCUUCCUUGCUGGAGGCUGGGAUUGAAAUAGCACUACAAACUGGGAAGCUUUAUUCUUCUCCCGAAACAAUUAUGUUUACAGCUUA